UCUCCGGGCUCUGCCUCUUGCAAAGGGGAAGAGCCCGGGGCCAGGAAAACGCUCCUUUGCAUGGAGCCUCGGGCGUCUCAGACGUCUCCAUGCCGACGACGCGGGAGCGGAUCCCGUCUCCCUCACGACCCUCGUAUUCUGCCCAGAGGAACGUCUGAAUGAACCCCAGCGGCGUUUCCCCGCUUUCUGAUGAGGCCUCUCGACCGCCCGCAGCGCUGCCGACCGGGGGUCCGACUGGCUUGGGUGACUUUGUCCCUGGCCGCCCAGUGGGCUCUGCAAACUCAAGGAGGAGAAAUAUCCUUACUAGUCUCACAGCCAAACAUCAAUAGUUCGGUGGCCGAGAACGUUUUGCUGUCAGUGGCCUAUACCGGCGAGACAAGCCCGGUGAUUGAGUGGAAACACACAUCGGCAAGCGGCACAACCAAAAUCGCCGAAUGGAAGUCUGGCUUUUAUGCCAAUAUAUCCAGCAGUUACAAAGACAGAGUAAACAUUUAUGACAAUGGCUCUCUGCAGCUCCUGAAGGUGGAUUUUAAAGACUCCGGUUAUUAUUUAGUCACGGUGAGAGACGAAUUGGGAAUCAUCCUAUAUGGGACCAUCCUGUUGAAUGUUUAUGAAAUUAUCUAUGAAGACCUUCAUUUUGUGGUCGUCUUCUUUGCCUUCCUCGCCGCUGCAUCCGCUGUUCUGAUCUGCUUGAUGUGGCUGUGCAAUAAAUACGUGCACUUUCUGCAAAUGGAGAGGCAGCAACUCCGAGUAAGCGAAACUGAAGAGACCGAGCUUCAAACAAUGGGGUGUUAGUUGUGCAAUGCUGUAGAAUCAAUGCAAAUCCGUUUUCUACCUCAAGAAGCAAAGCAUGAAAAAAAAAAUGGUUGGUAUACAAAAGACUGGGCAUAUCCACUUUGUCAAAUGCUCUUUUCUGGAGCAGAAAAGGCAAAGUGAUAACAGAAGGUUCGAGAAAUGCGGCCUUUUCCAUAUCUUAAUUUAUAAUGGACUCAAUUAAAAAAAAAAAAAGACCUGCAGUUCCUACAGUUGUGCCCUCACAUUUGUAAGACAUCUAAUUUUCUCUGAGAAUAUCAAAGUGUUACAAUUAAUUCAAGAGAACAUGCCAAAAGCAGAGCUACAAAAGCUAUAAAAUAGGAGCCAGCAGUGUGCUGCAGCUGCCAAAAAAGCCAACACAAUUCUAGGCUGCAUAAACAGAGGGAUAGAAUCAAGAUCAUGUGAAGUGUUACUACUACUUUAUAAUGCCUUGGUAAGACCACACUUGGAAUACUGAAUCCAGUUUUGGUUGCCAUGAUGUAAAAUAGUUGUUGAGACUCUAGAAAGAGUGCAGAGAAGAGCAACAAAGAUGAUUAGGGUACUGGAGGCUAAAACAUAUGAAGAACGGUUGCAUGAACUGGGUAUGUCUACUUUGAUGAAAAGAAGGACUAGGGGUGACGUGAUAGCGGUGUUCCAAAAUCUCAGGGUUGCCACAAAGAAGAGGGAGUCAAGCUAUUCUCCAAAGCACCUGAGGGCAGGACAAGAAGCAAUGGGUGGAAACUAAUCAAGGAGAGAAGCAAUUUUAGAACUAAGGAGACAUUUCCUGACAGAACAAUUAAAUCAGUGAAACAACUUGCCUCCGGAAGUUGUAAAUGCUCCAACACUGGAAGUUUUUAAGAAGAGAUUGGAUAACCAUUUGUCUGAAAUGGUAUAGGGUUUCCUGCCUAAGCAGGGGGUUGGACUAGAAGACCUCAAAGGUCCCUUCCAACUAUUCUAUAUUCUAUUCUAUUCUAUUCUAUUCUAUUCUAUUCUAUUCUAUUCUAUUCUAUUCUAUUCUAUUCUAUUCUAUUCAUUUCUAUACUAUACUAUACUAUACUAUACUAUACUAUACUAUACUAUACUAUACUAUACUAUACUAUACUAUACUAUACUAUACUAUACUAUACUAAUUUCUAUUGCCUUGAAUCCAUACAAGUGGUAGAAGCCCACACCUUUUUUUAAAACGACCCUGUGAUCCCUUUGAAUCAGGGUAGAGUCGGGGAGAUUGAAUGGAGCUCAAGUGUUUACUGUCCGGAUGCCGUUCAUGACAUGUACGGAGUUAGCAGCAGACAAUAACUCAUUGCGCCCAGAGAGAGAGAUAUCUGCUACUACCUAGGAUCCAACGCACAGCCUCCUGAUUGUGAAGUGAGAGCUCCACAUGUAGGCCACCCCACGCCACCCAGUAGAAGACCACACUGCUUUUAGAAAAACUGCAAUUCUUUAUUAAAUUAUAUUUAAAAAUACAUUAGCAUGGUUUACCCACUACCACCACUAUCAAAGAGUCACUGAUGGAUUUAGUUUAAAAAAUCCAACAAUGAUUAUAUGGAAAUUUGUGGUAUUGUUAACUUCCCAAUAUUUGAUGAAGGCAAUCAUUCCAUUUAUUUUUGUAUUUUCCCUCAUUGUUUCCUGUCCCCCCUCCCAUUUUCCCACAGAAGAAUAUGUGGCAGGCCUGAAGGCCCAAAUGUAAAAGAUGGCUUCCAGGUCUGACAUCACCAAGUUGUCGCCAAACAGAUAUUAUCUAUUUUUAUUUCACUAGCAGAUAUUAGUCCUGGGUCGGUUGAGCACGUUUGUAAACUUUUUACACUCAUUUUUAAGUGUAAAAAUGAAGAAGGGGGGGGAAAAAACCCUUACCCAAGCUUGCAAGUGAUUUUUCAGUAAUGCCACCAUUUCUGCUCUUGAGCGAGCCAAACCAAGAAUAGCUAUGGCAAAAUACUAUUUUGACCCGAAUAAAAUUCUGGAUUCUUCUUGUGAACGGUAUUAUUAGUCCAUUUGUUCAAAAGAUGUAACCAGGCAAUUUAAAUAGCACUUAUAGGCAAAACAUAAAUGUAAACCUGAUGUCCUUUGUACAAAGUUGCCAAUGAAGUAUUUAAUAAAAUUUGAACUUCGGUAA